UGUGUUUUGGUUUUUAUUAAUUGAAAAGCUUUGUUUAUUACUCAAAGGAGCAAUAUGUUGGAUUUUGUUUGUGCUGAAUGACAGAAGAGGUUGCCACAUUAUCUUUCUGGUCUCUUGAAGCUCCCUCCUACCAACAAAUGGUUAACAUUCAGAGGUCAUGAUUCCUCUGAUUUAAUUUCUGCUGAUUCAUCUAAUUUAUCAAUUAGUUAAAUUGUUUUCUAGGAAUAGAGUUUAAUAAAUACAAAUCGUCCAGGUCUUAUCAGCUGUGCCCAGCCCUCAGAGUAAACCUUUGUGCUUUAUUUCCCAAUGUACUAGGAUGGGCUCUUUGAUUUUUCCCAACUUUAGAAAGCUAUUUGUGUUGUAUGUAAUUUUUCCCAUAUCUGUUGCUGGUUCAGGGCUUUCAUGGACUGGUGGAGUGAUAACAGUACCAGAAAGUGGGAAGAAAGCUGAGAGUGAUCGAACAGAGAAGUCAAGUCAAGAUGUCAUUCAUGUAUUACUUGAUCCAAGCAAAAUUUAUCCUGGAGGUUAUUUAUUUCAAGUAACUAUUGGAGUGAAGUUUGAAGGUGACAAUUUCCAGGAAUUUGAAGGGAUUGAGAAAAGAGUUGCAAGAUCUACUGAAAAUCUAAUUAAACACCAGCUUUCAACAUUUUCUCCUUCACUUAAGAAAUUACUCCUUCAUAGUAUUGAGAGAAUCAAUGCUCCAGUUCUGUUCUUGACAUAUUGGCUGUAUUUCAAUCCUGGUGGUCAGGACAUUUAUGGCCCACUGGAAAUUCAGUUAAACCAACUGAAGGCAAAGCAUGUAGCUAAUCUCAGACAUGGAAAAGCCACACUAUUCUUCAAAUCCAUUGAAGAUGUAAACGAAUGCUCCUCUGGACUCUCUAUGUGUGACCCUCGAGCAGAUUGUUUCAAUGCCUUUGGUUUCUAUUCUUGUCGAUGUAUAGAGGGAUUUGAGGACCGUUCACUUAAUGGUUCUGGCAUUGAAUGUAUCGUGAAAAAGUCAGGAGGUUCUAUGCACUCUCCCAGAUGUUUCCAUGUGAAAUAUCUGGAUCAUAACACUCCACUGGAAUUGGAGCUACUGUCACCAUCUUUCAAGAGAUUCCAGCAAAUGGAUGUGGUUCAUGAGACACCACAGAGGAUUCACACCAAAAACUUGUUCCAGGCUGAAGUGAUGGAACACCCUUUGCAGCUUCCUGGGAGAGAAUGGCCAGCCACUAAUUCCCAGCUCAUUCCCAAAUUGUCAGCAUCUACUUCCGGCCUCUCCAUCAAACACCAGGCAGCAAGCUUUGCAGGUCCACAGGCACACUAUACCUCCUAUCCACAGCCUCUCUUUACUGCAGUGCAAUUCACAACACUCUCUGGCCAGCCAAGGCCUUCAGGAAAUCGGCCUCAUUUACCCAGCGCUUCACCUCUGAAGCCAACCAGAAGUCUACAGAUGGGCAAUGUCACUUCUGAAUGGUUAAAGCUGCAAGUCAAAGGUAAUGGGGAUAUUUCACAACCAUCCAAGAUUAAAAGGAACCCAGUGAACUGGAAGUUUGACAAAUUCAGUAGUUUUACUGAUGCUCCAUGUCCGUGGCAAAUCAGCUAUUCAACUUCUUCAGGAUUCUGGUCAUCUUCCAUCUUUCACUUUUUGGGGGAAGUAAAUCCUACACUACAUUCCUUCCAAAGUGAUGCACUCUUAAAACUGCAAGUUGAUGAUUAUUCUAGAAUAAGUGUAAAGUUGAGCUCUGAUUUCAGUCUGAGGAAUUUUAUCUCUGAUUCCAAGCAUCCAGCCAUUAACCCUGCAAACAUUAUCCACCAAACACGAUGCAUUGAAACUCAUCAAAGGAAGUACUGGGGGAGUUUGACAUCUGAUGGAUUAAAUAGAAUGAUGAGUCUGUUAAAUUGGCUUGAUCCUACUGAAGGAGAGGCAGAAAAGCAAAACAAUAGAGUCCUGUCUGAGGUUGGGGUCCUCAGUCAGACAACCAUUUGUGGCAUUGUUAGAGGCCUUGCACAUGAGGGCUUGGAGCAUCUAAGGACAAAGCUAUUAAAAACCUCAUUAUCAUACGGACACGUACAGCGUGAAAUCCAACACCAUGUACCCUGUGACCCUAAAAGCACAAUUGAACCCGGCAAUGAUAGAAUGAGCAAAUCUGUGCCCAUCUAUUCUGUUUGGGAUGAGAUGUUGCCACUUUUGUUAACUCCAUCAUUGGACAAUGAUUUGCGGAUGAAGUCUGAAAGCUGGAAUUUGUACAGUGAAAGUUUUGCUCAGACCAUCUUUCAUCAAACCCACACAAUGGAACUUCAACUGAUUAUACCAACCCAUGCAGACAUGUCUUCCGUAGCAAAUUCCAGUGUGAUGACGACUGGAAAGGGAUUUCUAAAUUAUGCAGUGGACUGGCAAAUGUCCAGCCUGUGGCGAACUAGCCCCACUCUUGAUGCAGCCCAAUGGGCUGUUGAUGCUGCAACCAAUCCGACUGAUAAAACCAGCCUUUUAGAUGCUAUCUACCCAGUGGAGCCAUCCAUGUCACAGAAUCCAACAUGGACAACAUUGGCACCAAAACUACAUGAUAUUGGUUCUUUAUUGGCAGUAUCUGCUGGAAUGGAAUUAAUAAAUGUUGUAUACAAGAACCUUCAGCAUUUAGAGAAGAAAGUUCUACAAUCUGUUAAGGCUCUGAUAAUGGAUAGUCUGGCAUCAUUUUCUCCUCCACUUAAGAAAAUUCUCUUUCAAGGAGUUAGAAGGAUCAAUUCUUCAGGUCUUGCCAUUGAUUAUCAGCUAUACUUUGGUCUCAAUGGAGAGAACAUCUCCCACUCGCUACAGAUUCACUUGAACAAGUUCUUGAACAAGUCAAUGGUUAACUUAAGGAAUGGAAGAAUCUACUUGUCUUGGGUUUUGGUUGGAGAUGUUGAUGAAUGUCAAUCUGAAAUUGCAGCAUGUAGCAAGGAAGCAAAAUGUCUGAAUACUGUUGGCUCAUAUUUCUGCCAAUGUGAAGAUGGAUUUGAAGAUCGCUCAAUGGGACACAGUCACAUUUGUAUUGAUCCACUAGAAUUGGAUCCUAGGUUUUGGUUGUCUUUUGGUUUGCAGGAAAUCCUAAUUGGUUCUGCUAUAUGCACAUUCCUGCUCUCAGCUGUGAUAUUGAUUCUGUGCUUUGUGAUAUAUAAAAGAUCACAGAACAAGUACUUCAGAGCUUGUGACAUAAAUCUAGGUGGGGUGGCUGCAAGGUCUCCAUUGUCCUCUGCAGGUGAAUUGGAAAGUGAGGAGUCGCUGGUUAUUAUUCCCCACAGGAUUUCCAGCUAUGUAUCAUUCACAAAAUUUCAACCAAUACUUGAAGAACCAAAUGGACAGGAAAUUGAUUCUGAUUCUGAGUUGAGCAAUCCAUAUGAAAUGAAACCCCAGCCUACAUUUAGGACAUUUCACUUGUAAAAGGCCAAGCUUCAAUACAGUUUCAUGCAAUUCAAUGUAAUCAUUGUUUUAGUUAAAUUUGUUUUGCUGUUCUCUUUCAAAUGUCCUGUAGAACUGCAUAAAUUGAAAGGUGUCAAAUACCUUCUUUGUUUAU